UGCACCUGUCAGGACUCAUGAAGGGCGACCAGCGAGAGGACCCGGGGCCGGGCCCCGAGCCCGCGGCCCCCCGGCAGCCCACGGAGGAGGACGAGGCCCUGAUCGAGUUCCACCGUUCCUACCGCGAGCUCUUCCAGUUCUUCUGCAACCACACGACCAUCCACGGUGCCAUCCGCCUGGUGUGCUCCCAGCACAACCGCAUGAAGACGGCCUUCUGGGCCGUGCUCUGGCUCUGCGCCUUCGGCAUGAUGUACUGGCAGUUCGGCCUGCUUUUCGGAGAGUACUUCAGCUACCCCGUCAGCCUCAACAUCAACCUGAACUCUGACAAGCUGGUCUUCCCCGCCAUCACCGUCUGCACUCUCAACCCCUACAGGUCAGUCGGUCCCUCUACACCGUCCCUGGUGCCUGGAAGCCUGGCCCCGAGGAAGCCGAGGUGCCUGCUGGGCAGCAGACCCUCAGACCCAGGGGUGGGAGCUGCCACUCCCCCGUGCCCUGCGGGCGAGACGGUGCCCGGCCCGUGGACUGAAGUCUCUGCCCAGUGCUGCCAACCUGGUGCUUGA